AUGAUGCGUCGUGUUUGUCAGAGGGUAAACCGACAAGCUCUAACGUCUACCGUUGUGGCUCGCUGUACCGCGACUACCGCUUCGGUGUCUCUAAGAGGAAUUUGCCCGCCCGUUUCAACCGAUGGUAACCGAAAUGCCGGUAUUGGACCAAUGCAAGGCUCAGUACGUUUCUGCUCCACACAGGCGGGCGAGAAGGUGCCCGAAGCAGCUGACAAUGCCGAUGAAGAUAUUGUUAUUGACCCUGUACCUGAUCUAAAGGGCAAUGCAGGGGAAAGUGCCGAUGAAGGCAGCGCCGGUGGGGUAAAGGCAAACGAGGACAGCGAGAAAGUUGUUGGCAGUGCGGAAGAGAUGGGCUUCAAAACAGAAACCCGUCAGCUUCUGGACAUUGUUGCUUGCAGUUUGUACACGGAGAAGGAGGUGUUCAUACGUGAACUCGUAUCGAAUGCAAGCGAUGCUCUGGAGAAGCGCCACCUGAUGGAGUUGAGCAAACCGGAAGAGUACCCACGCGAGGAAGGUGAUGAGGCUCCCAUUAUUUCCAUCACAUGCAAUCAAAGCAAGAGCCGAUUCGUCAUACGUGACACUGGCAUUGGUAUGACUCGGGAGGAACUAGCGGAGAACCUUGGUACCAUUGCUGGCUCGGGCUCAAAGGCAUUUGUUCGUGAGUUGCAGAGUCAAGGCGAGAGCAGCAGUGGUGCGGCCGAAAAGAUCAUUGGUCAGUUUGGCGUUGGUUUCUACGCUGCCUUCAUGGUGGCUCGAAAUGUCAAGGUGUACAGCCGGAGCGUGAAGAAGGGGAGUAAGGGUUACGUGUGGGAGUCAGAUGGUACAGGAACAUUUAAGAUUGCGGAGUGCGAGGGUGUUGACAAGGGCACGAAAAUUGUCCUCGAUGUGAAGGACACGGAGCUCUCCUUUUGCACACCGCAGGUGUGUGAGCGCGUGUUGAAACGGUACAGUAACUUUGUCUCCUACGAAAUUACACUCAACGGUGGAAAGGUGAACACAGUGGAGGCACUGUGGAUGAAGGAUAAGAACUCCGUCACAAAUGAGGAGCACAUUGAUUUCUACAAAUUCAUCUCCGGUGCGUACGAUAGUCCGAUGUUCCGCCUGCAUUACGCCGUGGACGCUCCACUUUCUAUUCGUGCUCUUUUGUACGUGCCUCAGUCUCACACGGAGAAGUACGGUGGUGGCCGUAUGGAAAGUGGUGUCAAUCUCUACUGCCGCCGAGUACUCAUCCAAUCGAAGGCGAAGGGAAUUCUGCCCGAGUGGCUCCGCUUCAUCAAGGGUGCGGUUGACACAGAGUCUAUUCCGCUCAACGUAUCACGUGAACAUACCCAGGAUGGUAGCAUGAUGCGCCGGCUCUCAACGGUGCUGACCAAGCGCGUUAUCCGUUGGAUGGAGGAGGAGGCGAAGCAAGACAGGCAAAAGUACGAACGUUUUAUAAAGGAGUACGGUCCUUUCCUGAAGGAGGGAGUUUGUACCGACCAGGUUCACAAGAUGGAGCUGGCGAAGCUUUUGAGGUUUGAAACAACCAAGUCAGACAUCGACUACCCCUACGUGUCACUUGACGAAUACCGCGACCGCAUGGUGGCAAACCAAACUCACAUUUAUUACAUCAACGCUCCUUCAAAGGAGAUGGCGCUCGAAUCUCCCUACUACGAACAGUACAAGGAGCACGACCUCGAGGUGCUCGUCUGCACAGAACCUAUUGAUGACUUUGUUAUGCAGCACCUUGACACGUAUGCGAAGCAUAAACUGCAAAACAUUGAACUGUUUGACGCUUCACUUGACGGUAGCGUCCAAAACAAGCUUAAACUCGAGGGCGAUAAAGGGGAGGUGAAGGUUGAGAAACAACUCACUGAGGCGCAGGUGAAAGCUCUCAGUGACUUUAUUUCCAAGCGUCUUGUGGGACGCGUUGGCGUCGUCAAAUCCACCACACGCCUGCGCGAUAGUCCUGCUGUUAUUGCUGACCAUGAAUCAGCUCAGAUGCGCAAGAUUUACCGUAUCACUGGCCAGAUGGCUGGUGCCCCACCCAAGUAUAACAUGCAUUUCAACCCAAAGCACACCAUCGUGCGUAAGUUGUAUACCCUUUCCAUUUCACCCAAUUCAGAAGAGGUUGAAACUGCCGGGCUCCUGGUUGAGCAGAUGUUUGACAACGCCGUUAUCGCUGCCGGCUUGCUGGAAGAUCCGCGUUCCAUCGUUUCGCGCCUGAACACCAUCAUGACGCGCAUGGUGGAAAAUGUGGAGGAGCCCACUGCCGAUAAGUAG